GCAAAAGGGAACUUAAAGGGUCGCAAGGUUUAAAGCAGACUUACGGAAGCUAUCAAAAGGCUCUGCUUGACUUGUAAUCAUCGCAUCGCACGUACGGUAAGUAAAAGACGGUUAUUUCCAACUUUGGUCCUCUAGGGGUGUCAACGAACUAAACCACUAGUGUGAACAUGGUAACGUGGAAGACAAGGAUUAAAUGUAAGAUUAGAAAUUAUAUAGGCUGGAACUUGUAAAAUGGUUGCUGAGAGAUACUACACGUUCCAGUCUAUAAUUUCUUCUCAUUUAUAUCAACGGAAUGUGAAAUGAACUUUUUCAAUUCUCAGGAUUAAUUAAUUCAGUUCAUAUCAGCAUUUGUAGUUCUUCUCACCAAAGCAAUAGCAAACUCUUUUCAUCUAAUUGAUUUAAAAAUCUUCUUCUUGCACUGAACCACAACCCAGCAUGAUUAUGAUACACACGUACAUGAAUUUAGCGUUUGGAGACCUCAGUAUUUUGUUUCUCAAAGUCUCCGCGGUCGCCGGCCUGUAACGCGACACUGACUCUCUUGUACAUUCCACACUCGUAACGUGAGCUUGCGAUGCCUGUGGUGUUACCGACAUAUAGCCUGCCCUGUGCAGAUCUGAAGACACAGGACAGAUAAAAAAAAAAAAAAAGAAGAAGAAAAAUGGUGGUUUUUAAAGAGAGGCGUGAGACUAUCGACCUAUAUGGAUAAUACAUAUACAUGAUAAUAAACAUACUGAUACCAAUAUCUUCUCAGGAAUUUACUGACAUGCUUAAGAAGUCAAAGAUGUUAAAGGUUCACGUGACUCACGACGAAAACAAGCGCAUUAUCUCUUUCCAGAAAGGAGGGGAGGUCAAGGAAUUUCGCCAUCUUUUUCUACAAGUAUUUUCAGAUGUGUUAUUAGACCAAGUUGCUCCCGCAAAUGUUAAGUUGCAGCGAUAUGAUGACAGCUUCGAGGAAUACGUUGAUCUUGGUAACGAGGAGAGGCUUGAGGAAGACCUUAAACUUCUUGCAUUGGUAUCAAAACAGGACAGACAGGUAAGAAUUGAUUCCUCGUUGGGGAGCGGGGACUCGUCGGUAAAUUGGAACUAAGCCCCCACCCCCAAAACCAAUCGGGACGCCGCUCAAGCUUUAUUUGUCUAAUUCUGAAAUGUCAUUCUAAAACAGAUGGUUAAAUAGGAGCUAUAGCACUUUCAAUGGCGAUAACGAAGUUGUCUUCGAUCUGUUUUUCUCUUCUGUUUCUUUCUUCUUUUUCUCUUUUUCUUACUUGACAUUUUGCAGCUUUUCAUGGACAGUCCCAAACGAGACCAAAACCUGCAAUCAAUACUUUUUAGCUUGAACGUUUUAUAUUCCCAUUUCAGAACACGCGAUGGUUCCCCAGGGAAAUUUUUCUUUCGUAAGUCGUCUUAUGCACGUGUACUUACGUGGAUAUGUAUGCACAAUUAAGGAAAAAAAUUCACUGAAGAAUAUCACGGAAAACAAACCAUAUAGGUUUAGAAGGUCCAUCUGCACCCCCAAACUAGAACAAGAGCAUCCGCACCUCUUUUCGUGGGAGUCCCCACUUCAAAAGAGGAAGAAUAAUCACGUACUUGUUCAAAAGCCCAUUUAAACGGACUUAUUACAUGCGAGCAGUCACGCACUUCUUUUCCUCAAAGUUACCGGUGUAAGCUCGCGAGCUGCGAAAAAGGAGGGCGUUAGCCCUCUGAAGUUGCUGUUGCCCAAUCUUUGCAUUCUCUUUCAAAAAAAACCCAACUUGCUGCCUGGAUACUUGAAGCCGAAGCAAAUUCUGGCCGAAUCAAUUUUUAAACUGUUAAACCCACAUGAGGAGCCAUUGCUUUGUUUAUCAAAAUAUUUAUUUUAAUUGCACACGCCCGAAUCCAACUUGUCCAUCGACCACGAGAGCAAAACGAACAUUGAAUGAAAAGUUUGAACUUCUUCAAACCUGAUCAAGCCGUCCAAAAAGGCAUCAAAAUGAUUCCAACAUGAUGCAUCUGUUUAACAGGGCUUACAAACAGGAACUGAGUCCCGGACAGCUACCCCCGGCCUUUUAAGUUAAAUUAGCAAAAAUGUUGCUAAAAACUAAUCUGUUCCUAGUCAACUUACAUUCCCCCAUCCUCUACCGAGGAUUUUUUUUCUCUGAAGCUUUAAGGGAACAGGGAAGAAACGAAACUCUCAGUUGAAACAAGGUUGUGUUAAUUAUUGCUUUAUGGUGCGUGGAUUGAAGCAGAGUAUCUUUUUGGCGGAUAUCAAAGCGCGUUAAUCAUGCCCAGAAGUAGACAUUUUCUAUUCUUGGGCCGAUUGCUUUUGUCCAAAUCGUCUAGCAGAUCGUCUUUAUGAGAGUAAAGACACUUCGCAAGACAAAUUUGGCAGCGUCAAGGCAUAUUAAAAGAGAAAAGGUCCCACUUCCGGUUGACGGGCGUGGCUCAUAAACGCCUUUGCUUAAUUAAGCUCCCUAAUUCAAAGGGGGCAGGGGGUGGGGGGGGGGGGGUACUCCUGGGAUUUCUUGGUGUGGUUAUGCCGCCCGGUUCUUCAAAUCCUGGCCUCUAAGAAACUAUGUCAUCAUUUCUUAGAUUAGAACGCGGACAAAAAAGAGUUCUUAAAAUCCACUUCGAAUUUACCUAUUUCUUCUUUCUUUCUUGUCUUCAUUAGGAAUUAAAGCGAUGAAAACGCUCAUACACUCCCGUAGUUUCCUCGAAAACCAUAUCCGAUUCCAGACCAAAACUGGCUGAAGUCUAUACCCGUUUUCAGACCAAAACGGGACAAAAACCUUACCCUUUGGGACGGCACAUACCUAUAUAUGGCUUAUAUAAGGGAGUACCCCACCGGGCUUUCGACACCAUCGACCAAUCAUAACUUAAGGCUAACCACCUAAGCGAUCUCAAAAAUCAUUUCCCUGACAGCUUUCGUGUUCCCAUUCUCUUUGUGGUUUAUGAUGUGUGGAAUAAUCAUACCAACUAAUGUCCUUGUUAGAAAGGAAAACCACAGGCACAUGAAGAAGCGAUGACGUCAGACCAUCCUCAUCCUUUCCCGAAGCCACCUACUCACUGGGUUUGUGUGAGUAGUGCAAUCUGUAUCCCGGCAACGCGUCUGCUUCCUGCUCUGGGCGACCCGUACUCUCGACCUCACGAAGUUGAACCAAACACCAAUUAUCGUAUGUGGAGCCUUGUUAGCAGGGAAAUUGACAGCCUGGUGCAGCGUGAUUCAACUAAUAAUUCCGUGAAUUGUAAUGGCGCCUUUAGCGAUACAACAGGCAACAGUAGGUGUUCUUUGUGCUUUCCCUUUCUAGUCCUUUCCUGUUUGUUUGCAUUUUUUGUUUUAUACGAUUCUUUGAGGUCGAUUCCCACUGGCCAUAAUUUUUAGGUGCCACGCACGUACAUUUUACACGCUUAAAUAAAAUAGACGCAAUAUAUGAAGUGUCGGUACGUUGAUGAGCGGUAGAAGGCAGGAAGAAUUAUGAAAAAACUGGAAGAACAGAGUUGUAUAUGGUAACCAGAGUUUGUCAGACAUUUCAGUGAACGCGUUUUAUCUCCUUGCUAGAUGAAAGCAAGAUGGUAUUCACGUUUGCCAAGGUAUUUGCUUUUUUCUGUUGCCACCGGGUUUCAUGUUUUUGAGCUAUUUUUAAACCCCUUUAUUUGAUUAUUUGCCAGCAGCACAAGGUUUCCUCAAGAAAGUAUCCUGGCUUGGAGCUGUUCUUAAGUUAUUCCUUUUUUUCUGAAUUCAAAACAAAGAUGAAAGAGCCUGGGCCCUGAUUACGUCAACCUAAGUCAAGGAGUUGUCAUUUUAUGUUACUCUCAUCCGAGGCUUGUCAUCUUUUUAUCAACACCGUUCUAGUCAGGAGUUUGCAAAUCGGGUUGGUUAGAGAGAUCCUUCUCAUUUUAAAAAACUCUAUUCUCUCUCUUUUUGUUUAAUCCAUACUGAAUUCAAAUUAAUCUCUUUUUAAUCAGCUGUGGUAACUACAAGUGCCUACAGUCGGGGCUUUCAGUAUAUCAGUCUACUCUUCAAGGACUUGAAUAGUAACAAACAGUACGUCAUAACGGCCCAGGCCGACCCAGUGAGUGGCAAUAUAAACAUAGAGGCUGUGGUAAGGUUAUUUGCGAUUACUUAAACGCUUUCAUUGGGUUGUUGUUGGGUACUGCUAAUUUCCGGCAUCUAACGCCUCCAAGGAAGCAUUUUCGACUUUCAUGCACGUUUUCAACAAUUGCAAUUUUUCGUUACAAGAUCUUGCACAAGCAUAGUUUUCAAUUUCUGUUUGAGAAAUUUUAAACUCAAAUUGGGGAACACAAAUUACAUGAUGAGGGAAGUUUAUGUUGCAGAUUGGAAACGACUGCUGAUCCGAUUCUCAAGCCGGGUCAAGCGUACCUGGCAAGAUUCCAUUAAUGAAUUUAUUAUUCGAAAGUUGAAUCCAUUGGUAGUUGUAGAUUUCAGAUUCAUCUUUCGGCGCCCUUUCGAACUGCAUGAUGGUAGUCUUGAAAACGCAUUCAUUUGUUUGCUAAAGUGGCCUCCACAACAUAGAAAUUGCAAUUCAAAUCUGGUGCGUUUCGGUAUGAAUUUUUGACUGCACAAGCGGUGUAUCCGCGAUUUCCUGUGAAAACGUCCCCGAUACAUUAACGUCCGAUUUACCAUUCAGAUAUUCUGCAGAAAUUUACGCUUUUGCUGUCAAAGGAUUUUGGUGCUAUUUUCGGCGUUUGAGGUUAGGUCAAGUACACAGUUUUAUGGCUGCACUUUCCACUAACCUAUCUACGCUCUGUAGAGACAAAUCUCACACUUAUCUGCCCCUGCCAUAAAUCGUUUGUUUGUAGUCUCCCAGAUUCUGGGAGACACUUGACCAGUCCCAGAAAAUCUGGGAAGGAGGCUGCAAUUUGCUUAGACCUCUGGUAAAAUUCAUCUUUUGAAAUUAGAGGUGGGGGUCCACAGGGGUAGUCCAUGGACCGGGUCCACGAAGGGGUCCAUGGACUAGGUCCAGAGUGGUGUUUUGUAUACGUCCCUGCAUUCUUGCAUGCGUUAUGAGCAGUGAAUUCACGCGCGAGGCAGUUUCGAAAUUUCUACUGGCUCAGUUUAGGGCUUUCCACAAGUUGCUCGGCAACUUUUUAGCAACCUCUCGUAUUCCGAGCAACUUUUUGCAUUCUAAGGAAUUUCUUUAGUUUCCUAGCAAUUCUGAGAUAUCGGAACAUCCUUUAGUGCUUAAAUUUUUCUUUCUUUCAUAGUUCACAAUGUUUUAGUAGACAAAGGUCAGCCGUUUUUAAAAGAAAAUUCAAAAUGGGGAACGACGCCUGUCUCAGGUGAAGAGGGUCGUUCAACAAUUUUAUUGGCUCAUAGUAGAAUCUUAAGAAGAUUAAUGUUGAUAUAUUGAAAGGGGCCCAGGCUGUGGGCUCCUGAUAUUGAUGUGUAGUCUUUACUCAUAAAUGUUUUGGUUUUAAUUUAGGACAAAGUUGUUUAGCGUUGCCCCUAAAAUUGUACAAAAAUGCUAAGAAAUUCUUUAUUUUGUUUUACAAUUUGCAUAUUUUUCGAAGAGGGUAACAAAAAGUUUUUUUUUUCACUUUUGAGCAACUUUCGUCACAAAAAGCAAAUUUUGACUCUUUUUGAGCAACUUUUAAGCAACUUUUUGAGAAAUCAUUAAUUAAACAGAUUAGAGGUCCGGGAGGAGUAACCGACCAAUAUAUAUAUAUAUGAACGGAGUAUACCUUAUUCACGAUACCAUUUAUUACUCUCAUUUAAAAUAUUCCGCUUUUUCUGAUUCGCUCCAAUCUCCCGGCUUAUUCUUCAUAACCAACUGACGCUUACCAUGAUUAUUUGGAAGAUCAUGUGAGCAAUAUAACAUCGUUUUCAGGCGCGGCAGCCUAGCUGUUUUUAUCCUGAGUGAAGUAAAAAAAAGUGGCGUUCAAGGAUAUCUGAAGACGAAAUAGGUGAAUUUCUAACUAACUCAAAGGAAGAAAUGCAAGAAUACGCAAUAUCGCUCGAAGGAUGUUAUCUACUUCUGAGGAUUAUCUGCAAGUAAAAACAUGUUUAGCAACAUGUUUUUACUUGCAGAUACUCCUCAAAAGUAGAUAACAUAGUAUAUCCUGAACCCGUGCCGAGAAAUAGGACAAAGUUUUAGAGAAAGUUUACCAGAAGGUAAGCUUGUUAAGAACUUAGAAGUAUUUUGAAUGAAUAAUAAAACAGUUAUUUAAUUUGGUUUCCGUAUAAUGUGAAGAAUUAUGUAGAACUCGUCAAGGGCACCCAACGAGAAGAUAGUUCAAAACCAUUUCAAACAUGGCAUUGUUGAACGUAUUUUAGUAUUUAAACGGUAGAUAUAGGCAUAUUUUUAUCCCCUAAAAAUGUUUCAUCUGUUCGGAUUUCCUAGCUGAAAGUCUAGUGAUCCGAAAAUUAUAGGGAUGAAAACUUACCUUUUCGAAAAUUUCAGCCAGAAAAAGGGCUCCCGAAAAUUCUAGGUGACCUUUUCAGGGUAAAUGGGCAAUUAUUCAAUUUCUGAGAUGUUCAAAAAUCCUAGGAGAGGCAGGCAAGCAAGAAAUUUUACAACAAAUAUUCCGAAAAUUCUAAAUCUCAAAUCGUCUUCCGAACAGAUAUUUUCCAAAAAUUGACGUUGGGUGCCUCUGACUCUUUGAAUAAUAUCGUCUUCGCCAGUCUACACAAUUCUCCACAUCAGUUCUACUCAGCCUCAUUCAAUACUUGCUAAUUAUUAUUAAUUCAAAAUAUUUCAUUUUCCGCUUCUGAUUGGCUAAAAUCCCACGUAUAAUUCAUCAAAACCAGCUACUGUUGACCAAAUUUGGAAGAAUUUUGCGAUAUGUGAAGUGAUGACGUCAAUGGUGCAGCAAAAUUAAGUUCGAGUUGUUUUGAUAGUGAAUACAAAAUGGCGGAACAUUUCAUUCGUUUCACGAGAAAGAAAUAGGCGAACUAUUGGCUCAAACCUGAAGAACAGCAAGAAGACAAUUCGACCGACGACAUCUGCUAUUUGGAGAAUAUUUGCAGAACUGAACAAACCUGUCACCUAAACUUGCCGAUAAACAUGCACUAUUGAAGAUGAACUUAACAUCGAUGGAGGUAAGCAAGUUUUAGCUUGUUUUCAAACUAGGAAUUAUUUUGAAUGAAUAAUAAAACAAUUAUUGAAUUCGUCUUUCGUAUCAUCUCGAAGGGUGUUAUCCGCCAAGGCCCCAACACCCUCGCAGAUCUCCUUAUUUCUUCAGAUGAUAGUCAGCCUCAUUCAAUAAUUAACAAUUAAUAAUUAACAAUUAUUAUUUGUCUCGGAGGGUGUUACCCGCCAAGGCCCCAACACCCUCGGAGAUCUCCAUAAUUCUUCAGAUGAUAGUCAGCCUCAUUCAAUAAUUGCUAAAUAUCCGCCGCCCCUUGACUCUCUGUUUCGCGGGUGUUUUUCUCGGUUUUGGGGGGUGGGGAAGCUGGGAGGGGGGAAAGAAUGCCUUAUAUACUAACGCUUCAGUCUAAAAAUAUUAAAAUGUACCCACUAACUAAAUUCCUUCGCCUUAUCAUUCAAAGUACACAAAUUUAUCAUGUUACAUAAUCACUUUAUUAAGAAAGUUAUGUACUUUGAAUGAUAAGGCGAAGGAAUUUAGUUAGUAGGUCCAUUUUAAUAUUUUUAGACUGAAGCGUUAGUAUAUUUAACAAUUAUUCUUUGAAAUCGAGGUGAAUAGUGGCUAAAUAUUUGCCGCGCCACGAAGUGGGGAGGUAAAUAUUCCUAAAACCACUAUUCACCGAGAUUGAAAAGAAUAAUUGUUUUAGUGUAUACACACGAAGUGAUCUCAACAAAAUCAGAGAGGAAACCAUUAAAAAGUACAAUUUGACUGACAGAUCAAAUCACGCGUAAUUUUAAAAAUAGAUCUUUGCAGAAUUUUCCAACAUGGCAAUUCACAAGUUUAUUAUUCAUUCAAAAUAAUUCCUAGUUUGAAAACAAGCUAAAACUUGCUUACCUCCAUCGAUGUUAAGUUCAUCUUCGAUAGUGCAUGUUUAUCGCCAAGUUUAGGAGAUACAGGGUUGUUCAGUUCGGCAAAUAUUCUCCAAAUAGCAGUCGUCAUCCGUCGAAUUAUCUUCUUGCUGCUCUUGCUGUUUUGAGCCAAUAGUUCGCCUAUUUCUUCCUCGUGAAACGAGUGAAAUGUUCCGCCAUUUUGUAUUCACUAUCAAAACAACUCAAACUGAAUUUUGCUGCAUCAUUGACGUCAUCAGUUUUAUUUACUGUGUAGUCCCAAAGCAAGUAAUCACCACCACGAGAACAACUGCAUCUCUAGCCUCCCCCACACAUAAAAACAACUGGCUAAUCAAAGUACAACUUCCGGGACAUUUUCGUAAUCCUAUAAUGGAAGGCGAAGCUGUGUGUAUACUUAAUGUCAUUUUAUAAUGUUUUAAUAUUUUAAUAUUUUUCUAUAUUAUAGCAAACUUCAUCUGGCUCAACAUAUCCUGACGAAGCACAAUUUGUACCUCUCUAUUAUUGGAGUUAUACUUUUUUCCAGAACAAGUUCUACAACCAAAAGUACUUGAGUUCUGACAGCACUGGCAAGAUGACAUUGGUGGACAUAGCAGAGCCAGAUUAUCCAAAUCCGCAAGCGCUGUUCAUUCUGAACAAAGUUUAAACCUCACUGAAAAAGUAUUCUAGGAUAGAACUGCUCACAAUUGCUUUUUUGCACCAGAAAAAUAGCUCAAAAGUAAUAAAUUGUUAGUUGCUGCUGCCAGACUUUUGAUUAAAAAAAGGUUUCAGCGAGCGAAUUACGGUUUUAAACGUAAAAUGCAUUAAAGCGGACGUGUAGUUUGAUGAUCAGGCAACCACUAGCUACAAAAAGCAUGAGAAAUACCACUAGAAGGACCUUGGCCCAAUAACGAAUAUCGCAAAAUAAUGUUACGAAAAAGUUUUACCCCGCAGACAGUCCCGGACAUAGGAGUGCGAUUUCUUUAAAAUUUACAGGGGGCCAUUGGGUUGGAGACUGGACCGACGAAGGCAGCCAAAAAGAAUAAAAAAAAAACGAACAAACCACAAAGAAACAAAGACAGAAACGAAGCCAGCUUUAUUCCAUUUUCGAUUGCAUUAUUUUUUAAGCAUUUCAGUCAUAGAAGCCCUGGACACACAAUCGCAGUUUAAUCAAUAGAAAGAACACACUCAGACUGAUUAACUAAGUUAACAAAAAUGCUUUUUACAAAUUAUUCCGCCUGUUAGGUUUCUUGUUUACAAAUUAGCAAUCGCACGUAAUUAAGUGAGAAUAUUAAAGAGUUAGCCCAAAGGAAACCCAAAACGUUUGUAAUUCAGUAGCUAAUGUAAAGGUUUAUGUAUGAAUGG